AUGUCGAAAUUUGAUAAACCAGCCCAACAAUACAUUAAGGAUUAUUUAAUACAGGAAGAGGAUGUUUCAGAAAAGAAUCGUAAGGAUGAUAAGAUUUUCUCUUCCUUGAACGAAAGGGAUAAAAACAAUAGUGUCAUGCUCCUCUCUAGGGAAGAGUUUAAGAAUGGAAAGCCAAGGAAAUCUGAAUUGAAAUAUUUGGAAAAGAGUGAAUUGAGGAAAGCUCUCAAAUUGCAUGGAGAGGAAGAAAAUAUUUUCAAUGAGGAUGGAGGAUUCAACAAGCAAAUUGGCCCAAGGCAAUUGAAGAAUCUCCAUAAGGCAGAACUAGAAAGAGAGGAAUUCCUCAAGAUGAGUCGAGAUGUUCGAAGACAAAAAUUCAAGCUCAUGAGAGUGGUUGAAAAUGGAUACAGAAGUGGAGUAUUGAAUGCUGAGGAUGAUUAUGGUGUAUUUGCUAAAAGUAGUCAACAAUUGAAAGACAAACAAAAUAGAGCUAUGGUGCAUACUGUGACAAGGAAAGAAUUGCUCCAAAGUAAGGCAAAUUCAGAUCUUGGGAGGGUAACACUAAAGCCAGCUGAAGAUUCGAUCAAUAUUUCGACUAAUUUCAAUGAUUCACUAAUGAAGAGAAAGGGACGAACUGAAUUAAAUGAAAAGAUGCAUGGAAAGAAAGAUAUCAUUCUACAAAAUGAAAAUAAUUUACAAAAUGUGAAACGUUUAGAAUUCAUUUACCAUAAUCAAACGAGAGGCAAACACUACAAUAUUGUCUCUGGAGAAGAUUAUCCAAUAGAAAGCUUCCUUGUAAAAUAA